AUGAUCUCUACCCGCGCGUUCCUCGUUGUUGCCACCUGUAUCUAUCUCAGGCGCAUUGCUACGCAGGGAAAGAAGGCCAAUAUCACAAGCCCACACGCUGUGUUGGAGGUGGAAGAGGACAUAGAUUCGGGUUACACUGGCGAAAGCGCCACUCUGAUGGAAUGGGUGGAUCUCCGUGAUACGGACGAGACUACGUCCAAGUCACCCUGUGGCGAAGCUCCAAGAACCGCCCUCGCCGCUGUGUUCCCUUUUCCGGAAGACGCAAUCCUUCUCAGGAAUGCUGUCGUUUGUUCCAUCGUUCCGAGCGACGAACUGCAUGUCGAUGAGAAGGUUCCUACCUAUGCCGAUAUGGCAAAGUCAAUCAUGGAUACCUUCUGGUAUCCUGCGGAGCUUGACGACGGAGAAGAUGCCAAUUCGGACAUGGGUGUCGACGAGGAUGGUGGUUUAGGCGGCGAAGACUGGGACGCUUGGACAGGUGUUAUGCGCCUACGAACUCCUGCGCCGACACCUACCUCGAUUAUAAUGACAUUACCAGCACUCGUCACACCAUCACUAUCUGCAUCUUCGGAGCCGCGAUACGCAGCGGCCUCUGUAUUCCGUAGCGCGACCUCGACUCUGGGGAGUAUCCUCAAUUGGACGUGCGGCGUCGUAUGCGACCGUGGCCCAGGCUGCGACCGGAAGCGCGCUCAACCGAACGGAGAGUACCCGAUGCGCACUAUGAAGAAGAAAGCGCUCUCAGGGCCCUCGUACGCCAAAGUUGAGGAUGACGUCGAAGACGGGAUUCCAUCAGUGGCCGAUACGCAACUGGAGCGUCCCGCUAUUGCCAUUAACCCUCCGAGACGUGCAGGAGGUUGGAUGCGCGUGGAUGCGGACGAUAUCGUCUAG